CUUUAAUGCACGAAAAGUGUCCACCGGCACGUCGCGGUGGGGCGAUCCUGGUGUAGUUAGGGUGUAGCUGACGGAGGAACAAAGGAUCGGGCGGAGGAGGUCGUGGCGGAGAAUCUGGCGACACGUCGGGAGGACGGCCAUCGCUGCUCUUUCUUAGCCCUUAGCUGCUUUAGCAUCGGGCUAGCGCCGCGGCUCCCGACGCGCGAUCGUUUUUAAUGCUAGAUGAGUGAGGUGGGUGUGGCUUCCCACCUGACUGACCAUCCUGACUGACGGAACGCUGGAUGACCUUGUCCCCACCCCUGUCCCUGCGUUCACAUACUCGGUCCCUUCAGCCAUGUCCCAUCUACCCAGCAGCUCAGUCCGCGACCAUAUGAAAUGGGUUUGUUUUGACAACACCAAAGUGGCCGGGCUGCUUGGGUGCGAAGCGGUCCUCUCCAGCAUGGCCCUGAUGCAGGCCAGCUCCAUGGCAGGUCCACCCAAGAAGAUGAUGGCGCCUCUGGGCCACGGCCCGCCCCAGAGAGAGGGCCCCGACCGCGGGCCCCAGAGCCACAUGAUUCUCCCCUCGGGGAUGAGCUGUCCGCCACUGUCUGUGUUUCCUCUGCAGCUCAUCAGGAAGGACGGUGACUUCCAAGCCCCUCGCCUGCUGGACGAGAAGGACAUGAGGGCCAACGAGGACAUGCAGAUGAAAAAGAAGAACCGGAAGUCAGGAACGCCCUGCAAAGUGAGAGAACAAGAUGGAAGGGGAGGGAAGGGCCCGGGCGGGGACGAGAACGGGCCGGCCUCCAAGGUGCAGAAGAACUUCAUCUGCGACCACUGUUACGGCGCCUUCAGGAGCGGCUACCACCUGAAGAGACACAUACUGAUCCACACAGGGGAGAAGCCGUAUGCUUGUGCCGUAUGUGACAUGAGGUUUAUUCAGCGUUACCACCUGGAGAGACACAGCCUCAUUCACUCGGGGGUGAAGCCGUACGCUUGUUCCAUGUGUGACAUGCGGUUUUUCCAGCGUUACCACCUGGAGAGACACAGCCAAACUCAUACGGGGGUGAAGCCCUACGCAUGCUCCAUGUGUGACAUGAGGUUCUUCCAGCGUUACCAUCUGGCCAGACACAGCCUCACUCAUACUGGGGUGAAGCCAUACGCUUGCUCCAUGUGUGACAUGAGGUUUUUCCAACGCUACCACUUGGCCAGACACAGCCUCACGCACACUGGGGUGAAGCCAUAUGCUUGCUCCAUGUGUGACAGGAGGUUUUUCCAGAGAUACCACCUGGCAAGACACACCCUCAAACACACGGGGGUGAAGCCGUACGCUUGCUCCAUGUGUGACAUGAGGUUCUUCCAGCGUUACCAUUUGGCAAGACACAGCCUCACGCACACUGGAGUGAAGCCAUACGCAUGCACCAUGUGUGACAUGAGAUUUAUCCAACGCUACCAACUGGAGAGACACAGUCUGACUCAUACCGGGGUGAAGCCGUACGCUUGCACCAUGUGUGACAAGAGGUUUUUUCAGCGCUACCACCUGGCGAGACACAGCCUCACUCAUAUGGGUGUGAAACCUUAUGCUUGCACCAUGUGUGACAUGAGGUUUUUUCAGCGAUACCACCUGGCGAGACACAGCGUCAUUCACUCGGGUGUGAAACCUUACGCAUGUACCAUGUGCGACAAGAGGUUUUUUCAACGCUACCAUCUGGCAAGACACAGCCUCACUCAUAUGGGUGUGAAACCUUACGCUUGCACCAUGUGUGACAUGAGGUUUGUUCACCGUUACCACCUGACGAGACACAGCCUCACUCACUCGGGUAUGCGUCCGUGUACCCAGGCCAUUUCACAACGUUUUUGCGCUAUUCCUGAGGGAGGGGUGAAGCCGUACGCUUGCACCAUGUGUGACAAGAGGUUUUUUCAGCGCUACCACCUGGCGAGACACAGCAUCACUCAUAUGGGUGUGAAACCUUACGCUUGCACCAUGUGUGACAAGAGGUUUUUUCAGCGGUACCACCUGGCGAGACACAGCCGCACUCAUAUGGGGGUGAAGCCGUACGCUUGCACCAUGUGUGACAAGAGGUUUUUUCAGCGCUACCACCUGGCGAGACACAGCCUCACUCAUAUGGGUGUGAAACCUUACGCUUGCACCAUGUGCGAAAAGAGGUUUUUUCAGCGCCACCACCUGGCGAGACACAGCCUCACUCAUAUGGGUGUGAAACCUUACGCUUGCACCAUGUGUGACAAGAGGUUUUUUCAGCGCCAGCACCUGGCGAGACACAGCCUCACUCAUAUGGGUGUGAAACCUUACGCUUGCACCAUGUGUGACAAGAGGUUUUUUCAGCGCCAGCACCUUGCGAGACACAGCCUCACUCAUAUGGGUGUGAAACCUUACGCUUGCACCAUGUGUGACAAGAGGUUUUUUCAGCGCCAGCACCUGGCGAGACACAGCCUCACUCAUAUGGGUGUGAAACCUUAUGCUUGCACCAUGUGUGACAUGAGGUUUUUUCAGCGCUACCACCUGGCGAGACACAGCGUCAUUCAUUCGGGUGUGAAACCUUACGCAUGUACCAUGUGCGACAAGAGGUUUUUCCAACGCUACCAUCUGGCAAGACACAGCGUCACUCAUAUGGGUGUGAAACCUUAUGCUUGCACCAUAUGUGACAUGAGGUUUGCUCAGCGUUACCACCUGACGAGACACAGCCUCACUCACUCGGGGGUGAAGCCGUAUGCUUGUUCCAUGUGUGACAUGAGGUUUAUUCAGCGUAACCACCUGGAGAGACACAGCCUCACUCACACGGGUAUGCGUUCGUUUACCGUACCCACACAACCGAGGGAGAAGCCCUUUGCUUGUGACAUGUGUGACAUGAGGUUUAUCCAACGCUACCACCUGGAGAGACACAAGCGCGUGCACAGCGGGGAGAAGCCCUACCAGUGUGAACGAUGCCAGCAGAACUUCUCGCGGACAGACCGGCUGCUGAGGCACCGACGCCUGUGCCAGGGGCGCGGCGUGGCCAAGGUGGAGAACCAGCCCUGCUGCGACCCCAGGCCCUACUCCCAGGAGCCCCCGCCGGCGCCGCCCACCUGGAGCCCCCUCCACCCCCCGCCGGGGCGGCUGGCCGUCUGACAUUCCACCCUCCGUUCGCAACCAGGCCAGAGCCGGGAGGCCCCCACGCCAGGCCUCUACUCCUCGGCCCUGUGCUGGAUGGCGUCCCGCCCUGGCACAGGCUGAGGCGUCAACUCUUUGGGAGGGGAGGGGAAACGUGACGAAGAGGGACAUUCUGUGUUGUUUUUAGUUUGUUUUUUCCCGUUUUUUUUUGUCUUUUUACUGUAUUUCUUUCUACUUUUAUUUUUUUUAAACGGCAGACUUUUCUGUGAUUCAGCAGUGGGUCCUGUUUUGUACUUAAUCUAUUGAUUUGGCUAAACGUGGUUGUGUUAUCCAGAUAUAUCUGCUUCCCGGCGGUACUGGGGAAGUGAGGCUGUGCAUCCUGUCGCCCUGGCAGCGGGCCGGUGUGCGGUUGUAUAUAGUGGUGAGAAAACAUGUGAACGACCUGCUUUUUUGUUGCUCUAAGGCCCAUUUUGUACAGUCAAGAACGGAGGUAAAAAAACAACAAAAAAAACGCUAUUGUACUAUUGCAGGUCAGUUGGCUUGGUUCACCUGGACUGGAGGAACGGUUGUAAGCAUAGUGGGUGACAGAGGGUGCCGACCGUGGGGACUACUGCUCAUAGUUGUGAUACAAGUGCUGUCCCAUUCCAUAUUAACAGUCUUGCGAAGCCCCUUCUGAUCUUAAUAUGAUGAUUUUGGUUUUGUUUUUAUCGACGAAACUCGAACUGUUGUUAAAGAGAAAAAAAAAAAAAAAAAAGCUAUUUGAAUGUAAUGUUGUACAAAAUGAAUAGAAACAGCAAAUUAGCAGCGAGUUCAUGUAUUGUCCUUUCUGCUGCUGUAAUACAGAAAGACUAGGGGGGGGUGGGGGGGAUGGGGAUGGGGAGGUUAUUUUGUUAAAGGAAAAAAAAAUAACGAUUCUACUGCGUAACACAAAGUCCUGAAGACGUAUUCCAGUGGGGCCUAGGCGUGGCCCCCCCGGUGACCACCUCCGUGACCCCCCUGGCGUCGUGUGCUGGGGCCCCAGGAUCCAGUGCUCUGCUAGAGUACCCAUGCCCUGCGUACCAAGGUGCCGGCGUACCAUAGCGUCCAUGCGUCUCUCCGCCCUGUCCUCCCUAGAUCCUGAUUGGCCGCUCCAGAAACCCCUUGGUUUUUUAAGUUUUUUUUUUUAAUGUACAGAUUCUCCAGUGGGAUGGGUUUGGGGGGGGGGGGGGGUUAAUACAAAUCUUGUGGCCUUAGUGUGCUUCUUUUUAUUUCCUGUAUUCAUUUGCCUUUUUUCUGAACUAAUGUUUAUUAUCGUGCUUCAGAUAUAUUUACUAAGACAAGGCCACCUUUUCACCCGAGGGUCUUCCGGCGGAGCCCAGACUGGUCCCCCCCCCCCACCCCACCCCCUCAGGAGAGACGCCGUUGCUUUUAAACUCAUUGUUACUGAUCAAAGAAAACAACCGUUAUAUAGGGAGGAGGAGUCAGGAGUUAAGGGAGUUUGACCGUUCGUUGUGAGUCGUCAAUAAUUAAUUUUUUUAAUCCCACCCCCCCUCCCCUGGAGAGUCACGAUGGCCGUGGCCACACACUAACGAUUUGCAUAUGUAUCCAAAUAUUAUGUGGUUGGUGUGUACAAUGGAUGUCUGUUAUGUUUUUACGGCUUAGCCUUAAAUAAGUGCAGAUACACGAGUAAUCAUUGUAGUGCAAAAUGAUAUUGUAACGGACGAUUACUUUAACCCAAGGAGAACAUUGUUGGUAAUGUGUGAGUAUCAUGGACAGAGUAACGAACUAACGGCGCAGCACCGCGAUGGUUUAAAGGGCAAUAUCAAAUAAUUCAUCUGUUAAAUCCCUAACUGUAUUCUGUUCUUUUGAGUUCUUAUUUGAUUUUUUUUAUUUUUAUUUUUUAUCAGUUUCAUUGUUAAAAUGCAAUAGAAUCCUUGAGGCUCUGAUCAUGUGUCUAUAGGAGGAGAAUUCUGCAGGCAAAUUGUUGUGUUGUCUGAGAAUUUAUCUGUUACAUUUUGAUGAUUGUUUCAAGGACCUUUUUUUUUUUAUUCUGAUGAAAUUGUAAACACUGGAGUGUCGGGAAGAAAAGACAAAAAAAAAAAAGAGAUACUGAUAUUUUUCCUUCGGACUGUACUAGAGUCUAGGUUUUAGACGGAGCCGAUUCUCCUCUACUUGACAAAGAAGGGGGUCAGAACCAUUUGGAUCAGUGCAGUUGAGAGCCCAGUAUGUAAUUUUGCCAUUAGUGGCAGUAGUACCACGAACAUGUUUUUGUUUUUGUUCUUAUACAAGUCCCUGGUAUUUGUAGUGAUUAUAUUGAUAAUGGUAUUAGAUAAGCAACAGCAUAACAGUAGCUAUCACAGAUUAGUUGUUUUCUUUAUUAGUCUUGCAUGCAGAGUUAUGGUCCUCCGUUAAAAAGGAUCUUGAUAUUGAUUAUUUUGUGUAGGCAGAAAUGAGUGCAUAAGAAUAACUUCCUAAAAAUGUUACAUUGAUUAUUGUAAAGACGGGCUAGCUAAUAUGUACCCUUGUGAUCCAAUUAGUUUCAACUGUAUGAAUCGAGAGGAAAGGCUUCUUACUAUUAUGCUGAAAUAAAAUAAUUUGUAAAAGAUA